GUGGUUACAAGCAAUCACGUAAGCCAGAUUUAUGAAUCUCUCCAGCUCCAUUCAGACAAUGAAACAACCAAAAAUUGUCUUGUCUUCAUUCCUUCAUCAUGUGACCUCAGAAGUUAUAUGAACCCACUUGUCCUUCUUUUACAUUAAAUAUAUUCAAUUCUUCAAAUGUCCCAUAAAUAAAAAUCCAAUUCUUUAAUGUACUUUCCUAAAAAAAACAAUGUACUUUCCAGCCUCUCAUGACUAAAAAUAAAAUCCUCGUUUUGCACAUUUCAUCACUUUGUUUUAUAGUAAUAGCAUCAAUUCUUUGACCAUUCACAUUCCUUCCUUAUUCUCAUGACUACUUAUUUAUACACACCAACAUUCUAGCUAGUUAUAUUUCACAUUUGAAAAUGGGUUCUGUUUUGGUGCAUACUCAUGUUGUUACACUGUGUAUGUUGUUAUUAUCACUAAGUUCAAUCCUUGUUCAUGGUGGAGUUCCAACCACACUGGAUGGACCUUUCAAGCCUGUGACAGUUCCUCUAGACAAGAGCUUCCGUGGAAACGCUGUGGACAUACCAGACACAGAUCCUCUUGUUCAAAGAAAUGUUGAAGCUUUUCAACCUGAACAAAUCUCUCUUUCACUCUCUACCUCCCAUGACUCUGUUUGGAUUUCUUGGAUUACAGGAGAAUUCCAAAUUGGGGAGAAUAUAGAACCAUUAGAUCCUGAAACAGUUGGUAGCAUAGUUCAAUAUGGAAGGUUUGGAAGGUCAAUGAAUGGCCAAGCUGUUGGUUAUUCCCUUGUGUAUAGUCAGCUAUAUCCUUUUGAAGGACUUCAGAACUAUACUUCUGGAAUUAUACAUCAUGUUCGUCUCACAGGAUUAAAGCCCAACACACUAUAUCAAUAUCAAUGUGGAGAUCCUUCUUUGUCAGCAAUGAGUGAUGUUCAUUAUUUCAGAACAAUGCCGGUUUCAGGUCCCAAGAGUUACCCUAGCAGAAUCGCCGUGGUUGGAGACUUAGGUCUUACAUACAAUACGACAUCCACUGUCAAUCAUAUGAUCAGCAAUCAUCCUGAUCUUAUUCUAUUGGUUGGAGAUGCUAGUUAUGCUAACAUGUAUCUUACUAAUGGCACUGGUUCAGAUUGCUACUCUUGUUCAUUUUCUAAUACUCCUAUCCAUGAAACAUAUCAACCACGUUGGGAUUAUUGGGGAAGGUACAUGGAACCAUUGAUUUCCAGUGUCCCGGUAAUGGUAGUAGAAGGGAAUCAUGAGAUAGAAGAACAAGCUGAAAACAAGACAUUCGUUGCUUAUAGUUCUCGAUUUGCAUUUCCGUCGGAAGAGAGUGGGUCAUCUUCAACUUUAUAUUAUUCUUUCAAUGCGGGAGGAAUACAUUUUAUAAUGCUCGGUUCCUACAUAUCAUACGACAAAUCAGGGGACCAGUACAAAUGGUUGGAGAAGGAUUUGGCUUCUCUUGAUAGGGAAGUAACUCCAUGGUUGGUAGCUACAUGGCAUGCACCUUGGUACAGCACUUACAAGUCACAUUAUAGAGAAGCGGAGUGUAUGAGGGUCAAUAUGGAAGAUUUAUUAUAUAAAUAUGGUGUUGACAUUGUCUUUAACGGACAUGUUCAUGCCUAUGAGAGAUCGAACCGUGUAUAUAACUACACAUUGGAUCCGUGCGGUCCUGUUUAUAUCACAGUUGGUGACGGUGGUAAUCGGGAAAAGAUGGCAAUUACUCAUGCAGAUGAACCAGGAAACUGUCCUGAACCAUUAACUACACCAGAUAAAUUUAUGAGAGGUUUCUGCGCCUUCAAUUUUACUUCCGGUCCAGCAGCAGGUAAAUUCUGUUGGGACCAACAGCCUGAUUAUAGUGCUUUUCGCGAAAGCAGCUUCGGUCAUGGGAUUCUAGAGGUGAAGAAUGAAACUCAUGCCUUAUGGAGUUGGAACCGCAAUCAAGACUAUUAUGGAACUGCUGGUGAUGAAAUUUACAUUGUUAGGCAACCUGAUAAGUGUCCACCAGUUAUGCCAGAGGAGGCACAUAAUACAUGAAUUUGGAUAUUAUGUACAAAUUAUAUUGAACAUUGUUUCUUCAUUUUUAGGGAUAAAUAAUCCUUUAAAUCAGGGUCAUCCCUGACAUUUCAGGUUCUCCGUGUGAAUUAAGACAGUGUUAUACUGUUGGUUAUAUUAAUUUAUUUUCUUAUA